CUGUGUGGAGUCCAUCGUUUUCCUAUCAACCACGCAAUAAAAAAAAAGUAGAAUUAAUCCAUUCUCCCAGAGGUCAUUAUUUGGCGACCAUGCCGCUGACAAGGAGCCAAACUGACCCUGGCUUUGGGGUCUUGACAAAAGACAGCCAGAGGUCUUCAGGUGGUCUAGCACUAUUUAUUAGUGCCAGAUCCCUUGCGGACGUCUCACAGGCACGCUUUACCCAGAUUCGGUCGCUUGAGCAAGUGAUCAGAAUGUCCAAUUCCAAACAUGUUGCAAAGAGUUAUCAGCAAUUAUCGCUUAUUCAAAGGGAGCAUGGAAAAAAACUGAUCGACGAUGUACAGAUUCAUCGCGGACAAGUUAUCCUAGAUUUGGGCUGCGGCACUGGAGAAUUGUCUGCGUAUCUUUCCGAGCUCGUAGGACAAGAUGGAAGAGUCGUUGCCGUUGAUCCCGACAGUUAUCGAGUAGAAGUGGCGCGAGAAUCACACAGGGAAGUCAAAAAUCUCGCAUUUCAUGAAGGAAGCUCUGCCAGCUUCCCAGGAAUGGGCUCGGAGACUUACGACAUCGUCUUCUCCAACUUUGUGUUGCACUGGAUUCAGGAUAAAGAAGAAGCUUUUAAGAACGUAUUUCGGAGUCUGAAACCAGCAGGGAAAAUUGUCGUGAGUUACGGCGAUCGCUUACUUUCCAUCAUCGAUAAAAUUUAUCGAGAACUUCAAAACUCAGAAAGCAUGGAGCGUAUGCUAAGCAAACUCUAUUUCGAGAGAAGGUCAAAAAUCGAAGAGAUAUGUUCGGCUGCGGGGUUCGAAAUUGUAAAAAGUGUCGACGUCAAAAUGGAGGAUCUUGAGUUCGAAGAUGUCGAAAGCCUCUGCUCAGUUAUCUCGGCAACCAAUCAAGGCAGGUUUGUUUCAGAGCUAGCCACGAGAGAUAAGAUAUCGAGGUUUUGUGCCCAGUAUACAAGCGGGGAAAAUUCUAAACCGUUAACGUUUUUCAUGGAUGAAGAUUAUUUUUACGUGUUGAUUGCAGCCAAACCAUAG